CAAGAUGGCGGCGCCGCCGCAGACGCAGGACCCGGCCCGGUAGUUCCGCUGCGCCCAUGGGGCCCCAGGGCCUCCUCGGGCCGCGGUUCUGCGUCCUCUACGCUGUCCUGGGUGCUCUGCUCUGCGGGCUGCGGCCGGCGGCGGCGAUGGCGGUGAAUGACGAGAAGCGGUCGGCGAGCCCGGUGACGGCCACGCAGUGCUGGCAGGUGGAGGACUACGUGGUGGUGCAGGAGUGCUCCCGGUGCUCCAGCUUCCAGACGAAGGCCAUGACAGAGUGCAGGCCCACGGGGUUCGUUGAGAAGGUCACCUGUGCCACCUCCAAGAAAGAGGAUUUCAAAAGGUGCCGCUCGGCCGUGAUGGAGGCUCACAUCUUCUGGCGCUUCGUGGGCACCAUGAUGUGUGUGGCUGCCCUCUUCGCCGUGCUGGUGGUGUGCCGCCAGCGGGUGCUGGACAGGAAGGCUCUGGAGAAGGUUCGCAAGCAGCUGGAGUCCAUCUAGCAGGGCCCUGACCGCAGGGCCCUGACCCCCAAGCCUCUGCCAGCCAGGCAGCAGCAGCAAGAGGGGUGCCUGGAGGCAGGCCCUGCCCUGGAGGCCACCAGGGUGUCCUGUGGGCUGGCUGAGGGGUGCCCUGCUG